GAGAUAUUUUCUUCCUGCAGCUCCCAGGCUAUGAUAUUGGGGAACAUUUCUUAGCAGCUUUGUCAGAUAAUAUAUUUUAUAUUGUAAUGAAGCAUUUGACAUUAUUUUGUACCAUAUGCCCAAAAGAGAAUGUCUGUGGGGUAAUUCACUGUAAUGGGAUCAGUAUAUUGUUCAUUGCAGGUUGUCUAAAUGUAGUCCUUCCUUGCCACAGUUGUGGUUUAUAUGGACUAUAAUUUCUGCAGCAGGCAUGGUCUUCAAAUCAGAAUGACAAUACAAGAAAAUUUUGAACUUUUUUUUUCUCACUCUGAUAUGUUAUUUUGGUCCAUUAGGGAACAAAACCUUUAACUUUAAAGAAAAAGACCCAGCAUAGCAAAGUGUUUGGGACAUAAAUAUUAAGUUGUUCAGCCUCUCACUGAAGUUAAAUUGCAGGCUUUAAGCAGCUAAGCAAGAAAGAUAACAGGAAAAAAUGAGAAUAGGAGAUGUUGCAGUUGAGGUAGGAACAGGCUCAUGGAAAGUGACUUGGAAUCCAUCCAAAGAAAGUGCACAUUUAUUUGCAAGUAAACAUAGGAGUAAAUAUUAAUGUUAUAUGUUUUGUUGUGAUUGCUUUCUCUCAAAAUGGAUAUUGCUUAAUGACAUAUUAAAAAGAUUUAAUAGAAAGGCUGCUUUGGUAGAGAGACUAAAACAAAUACCAUGUAUCAGCUGUAUGCUAAGAAAUACUACAGGAGUAAAAAGUAAUUGUGAAUAUUCAUUCUUUAGGUUUCUAUUUUAUGUAAGUUAGUGUUUACCUUUUGACUAGGCUGCUCAGGACUUUCUGCUUUUGUUCUCUUUGAAGCAUUAAGGGCAUUCAGGAAGAAAAAGUAAAAGCUAUCUUAGUGGAUAAUGUUAUGCAAACUAUUUAAAUCCUCAUAAACACUAAGGAAUAUUUGGUAACCAGUAUGUUGCUAGCGUAGCAUGGGUUCUAUAGAAAAAUAGUAUUUAACUAUUUUCGACUUUUUUGAAGCUUCUAGUCUUCGUUCAAUAUGCAAUUCUACUCUGAUGCUAUUCUACUCUUUCACACCGCUUGGCUAUUCUGGGAUGUAAUUGCUAUUUUUUUAGCAUCUAUUUUGGUUUCUUUGAGAGGCUUUACAAUUUUGCCCAUCUUUCUUCCUGCUUUUGGUUGCCUUUUUUUUUUAUUUUUCUGUACAAGACUUGACUAAGACAUCAUUGCCAGCUUUUCCAUGCAGCCAACAUAAGCAGAUGCCAUCUUGAUUUCUUCCAGUGCUGCCAAUAAGAAACUUAGGAGAGAGGAAAUUGGAAGAUUUUGUCCACUGCAGUGCAUUUUUUUACUUGAGGAAAUGAAGGGUAGAGCUAUCAGUACCCUUUCCAAAUUUGUUUAUACAAACAGAAGGGCUGGAAUGGUGAUUGGGAAGGACUCUUCCAAGUGAUUAAAUAAUUCAUAGGGAGGUAAACAGAAGGCAGCACCGCAGCUGUGUGUGUUUGGUUUAUUGAGGUUUUCUUUUGGUUUAGUUAGUUUUUGAACAUGUAUAUUCUAUUUUUAAAUGAGCGCUUGAAGUUAACUUGAAUUCAAUUAAAGCUAGCAGUGGACAGACAGGUAGAUUUGUUGAAGAGCAACAUUGUGUAUUUAUUUUGUUUAAUCAAGAUGUGUCAUCUGAAAUUUGUUUCCUUGUGGGGGAAAUUCAGGAUUUAAACAAUGUUAAUACUGCAUAGGCAUAGUAACUGCCAAAGAAGACAUUUGGCAACUUUACAAAAAAAGAAAUGUAUGUAUUUCCUCAUUGCUUACUAAGAAUUCUUUCCUUUAUUCAUGAUGUGGUUGUGAUAAACAAUUGGGAAUUUUAAUGAAAGCUUGUUUUUUUAUAGAACUAUGUAGCUCAUCUUACUAAUGAAGUAGUAAACAGAGAAACAGGCCUGUAAAUGAGAGAUAUACAAAAAGUCAGCUUAUUAGAAGGAGAAAAAAAAUAGAAACUCUUUGCUAUCCUUGCUAUUGCAACAGGAGAAAUUGAUGAAAUAUAAGGAAGAAUACUCCCAUCAGGUCUGGAAAUUAAACUGAUUUCCCUAAUUGGGAGUUACCUUUAGAAAGGCAUAAUUAUAGUAGUAACAUGCUAUUAAAAGUUGUACCAAGAGCUGGGCUGUACUGUGACUCCUGUGCCACACAAGUGAUAUUAUGUUCUUAAGGGAUAAAUAAGCUGGGAUGGCAGGUGUGUUGCACACACCUGGGUUUGAACAGCAAAAUUGCUGCUUCAGUUCACAAUGUUUAGUCAGGAGCUGAUUUCCAAGGGCUCAUAACGUGCUCCUAAUGUUUUGGAAGGGACACGUAACUUGAUGUGUAGUAUCUCAGACUGGGAGUAAAGUCUUUUGCUUAAUUCUUCUGGCAUUUUGAAUGCCCAUUAGGCCAGCAUGAAGAUUUAAGUAUGGAAUUUUCCUAUAUCCUUUACCUUUAAAUAUUUCUGGUAUGACUAAAUAUAAAUUUUGUAAAUUUUUCCUGUUUCACAUCCAUCUAAUGAGUAGUUUAUGUGACUUAGUUCCUGAGGUGAUGAAGUGCGGUGGAAGGUGGUAUGAACCUGUAAGAGGUUUGUAAUUUUUCACAGAAAUUCUACGAAAAUCUAAAUCUAUUUAUAUUCUAUUCUGGAAUCUGUGCUAUUUUCUAGUUAGAGUAGACCAGGUUUUGAUAGGUGGUUUAAGAGCAGGCAAAUAUGGCUUUUUAUUUACUGGGCUUGAUUUUUUUAUCCUGUAGUGCAGACACUUCUGGUUUAAUGGGGUCUGUCUGACUUCUGAGUUCAGGCAGAACAUGCUUCAGCUGCAGCUUCUCUCUCCUUUCCUUUCCCAGAAAGCACAAUGUGCUGUGUAUGUGUUAUUCUCCAGAACUCAAAGGUUGGUGGAUUCCUGUCAAUUCAUGUUUACAAUCUGUCUUUCCCACAUGGAGUUAACUGGUCAGUCUGUCCCUCAUUCUCUUUAUCUCUUGUAGCCUCCCAGUGACCUUAUGUGGUGUGUGUGUGUAAAAUCUUUGGAUUUGUCCUGGCCAUUGGUUUGAAGAAAUGUGCCAAGACCUUGAUUUAUAUAUACUUUGGGGGUCUAUAAAAUGGAUUUGUGGAAUGACAAUCAAAUCUCCCAAACCCUGCUGUCUUUUACCUUCUGCCAACUGCAGUGCUGAGAACCACAUUUUCUGGAGUCUGUGGUUUUCUGUAUCUUUAAGAGGUUUUUUUAAAGAUUUAUUCCUUUUUGAAAUGUUUGUCCUAUGCAGUGGAAAAAGGGUUAUUGUUGUAAUUGGAAGAGCUGUGAAUUUACAUAAGGAGAGGAAAAAAAAAAACUUACACAAACUCAACAAACCCAAAUUCUGUGCUGGGAAUACCUGCUGUGUUCCUUUUAUAAACUCAGCUGUGAGCAGUUAGAAGAUCCCAUCUGUGGGAUGUGUUUCUUCUCCUUUACCCCCUCUUUGCCCUCUCUACAGUUCAAUAUGGUUUAGGUUUUUAGUUUCCCUUUCUAAUCAGCCUAUUGCAGAUAAAAAAGAAAAUGUGUGGAGGAGAAGGAAAAGGUUGCUAGAAAUAAUUUCUUUGUAAGUUACAUAACCUCCCCUUAAUGUAUUUAGGAACGUGUCUCUGCCUUUCAGGCAUAACCCACCAUCUUCCUUCAAAGCAGCAGUCAAGGACAUUUUGCACUAAGAUGUGGGAUUGUGAAAUGUAGCAGCUGAGCCAUGGACACGUCUCCCUGUGUUUCCCCCUUCCAUAAGCAGUGCCUUCAGACAGAGAGGACAGAUGUGUCUGGGAAUGGCAUCAUCCCCAACACUGCAGCAGAGCCUCCAGGUGGUUGGGGCGUGCAGUGAGUGCUUGGUGUGGAGCAUCUCCCAAGGACACCUGGUAAUCUUUGAAAUACCAGCAUAUUCUCAGGUUAAAGACAUUCUGAGUGUGUGUUACACAGCCACAGCUGUGAUUCAAGCAGUUGGGAUGGAGAUUGAAUAAACAGCCUGAGUAAUACUUCUGUUUGAGUCAGUGGCAGAUUUGUCAGGGGCUUCAACAGAUUUCUUCAACAACCUUUUCUCACUUUAAUUUCCCUGCUGUGCUCUUGUCCAGCAAAACUAAUUAAGGCAAAAUGUAACUAAAUUAGCUUUGAAAGCAGAGGGUUUUUUCUUUAAAACUUAAAGUAGUUAUGAAAAAAUAUUUUAACUAUCUGCUCUCCAGUAUUUUAAGGUGUUGAAUAUUUUAAGGUAUGAUAUGUUGGUACUUCAUACCACAUAUUUUUUACUUCCCUGCUUUUGUUUUUUACUGGCUAUGCUUACUUGGUGGGUUUUCUAUACAUUUGACUGCUAUUAAAGAAAUCUGAUCUAAAUUUAAGUUCUGAGUAAACUAAUGACUAAAAAAUAGACUUAUUUCCUAUUUAAAUGGUUUGGUUGGAAUAGCUUAUAUCCUGUUUAUUUCAGGAAGUAUUUGUGAAUAAAAUCAGACUGUUUGCAUCUCAUGGAGUGAUUUUUGCCUGAGACUCACUAAAUUAUUCAGACCCUUUCAUUUAAUGCUUUGAAAUACUGAUUAAAUAUAUUCACUCUGGUUUGCUUUAAUCUGAUUACACAUCUAGAAGUUUUCUUCUGAUAUGGUGCAGCCAUGUCUGGUGUAAGCUGGCUUAAUUAGCACUGCUUAGCGAUUUGGGACCCCUGUCAAAGGCUGUUGUGUUAUCUGGAAACAGAAGGAGUUAAAGCUGAAGCUGUGACCUCAUCCCUGUUCAUGUUACACUGGAGCAGAAGCUGCGCUGAAAGGGAUUGUUUGGCUGCAUCGCUGUCUGUGCCGCUGCUUGAUUGCUUUAAUUCGUUUCUGAUAUCUGUCGCACACCCGCAGAACAGAUCCCACAGGAGGCAUUUGUGGGAAUGCUAGAGGCAAAAGAAGCUGUGCUAAUAUCUAAUGCCCGUGGAAAUAGCUCCCACGGUAACAAAUAGAUCUUUCUACCCGAGUUCAACUUUUUUCUGCUUCGCCUGUGAAAACUGAGGAGAGCUCAGAGCCGCACGGAGAUGUGCCAUUGAUCCACGCGUGCCGCUGCGUGGGACUGCGGGAGCGCUGCCGUGCUGUGGGUGGGAGCGGUCGGUGUCGCUGCGUGCGAGCCCAUCGCGCUCCGUGCCCGCAUCCAUUGGCUCCGGCACAGGCUGGUCCUGCUCCGCUCCCAUCCCUCGGCAGCCUGGCACUGCCACCCCACGCUCCUCCUGCCCUCUGCCCGGCCUGCAGCGCUGCCAGCCCCUCCGCGAUCGGCUGGAAAGACAGCGAGCCGACAGGAAUAAUGGGGAUGCACUUAACGGUUCAAGUACUGGAUCAAACUUAAACUCGGGUUCUUGCUCUGGGUGCUGGAAAGGUCACCUUGUCUUGCUGGAAAAGAAGCAGACUCUCAGCUCUGCUGCUUUCGGUGUUACAGCUGCCACAUGCAUUCCUAAAUGUUCCUAGCUAGUUAGGCUGUCGGGCUUUUCACACGGAUAUACUGAUGGUAGAUGAGAAAGGAAAGAACAUGAAAUGUCUCACCUUCUUCUUGAUGCUUCCAGAGACGGUCAAGAGCAGGUCUAAGAAGAGCUCUAAGAAAGGAAAUAGCAGUAGCAGUAGCAACAGCAAAUUGCCUCCAGUUUGCUAUGAAAUCAUUACCUUGAAGACCAAAAAGAAGAAGAUGGCUGCUGAUAUUUUUCCCCGAAAGAAACCAGCUAAUACUAAUACAACUGCUGUCCAGCAGUACCAUCAGCAAAAUCUCAAUAACAACAACACUAUUCCUGCACCUAAUUGGCAAGGACUUUAUCCAACCAUCAGAGAGAGAAAUGCAGUGAUGUUCAACAAUGACUUGAUGGCAGAUGUUCAUUUUGUGGUCGGGCCACCAGGUGGGACCCAGCGGCUGCCAGGACACAAAUAUGUCCUGGCUGUUGGGAGCUCUGUAUUCCAUGCAAUGUUUUAUGGAGAGCUUGCUGAGGACAAAGAUGAAAUCCGUAUACCAGAUGUUGAGCCUGCUGCUUUUCUUGCAAUGCUGAAGUACAUCUAUUGUGAUGAGAUCGAUUUGGCCGCAGACACUGUCCUGGCCACUCUUUAUGCUGCCAAGAAGUACAUUGUCCCUCACCUGGCCCGUGCCUGCGUUAACUUUCUCGAGACAAGUCUGAGUGCAAAGAAUGCCUGUGUGCUGCUUUCCCAGAGCUGCUUAUUCGAGGAGCCUGACCUGACCCAGCGCUGCUGGGAAGUGAUUGAUGCCCAGGCUGAGCUCGCUUUGAAGUCUGAGGGCUUCUGUGACAUUGAUUUUCAGACACUUGAAAGCAUUCUCCGAAGGGAGACUCUGAAUGCCAAAGAAAUUGUUGUUUUUGAGGCAGCUCUGAACUGGGCUGAAGUGGAGUGCCAGCGCCAAGAGCUGACGGCCACCAUCGAGAACAAGCGCAAGGUGCUGGGCAAGGCUCUCUACCUGAUCCGCAUUCCUACCAUGGCCCUCGACGACUUCGCCAACGGCGCUGCUCAGUCCGGGAUCCUGACUCUGAACGAAACCAACGACAUCUUCCUCUGGUACACGGCUGCCAAAAAGCCGGAGCUGCAGUUUGUCAGCAAGCCCCGCAAAGGCCUCGUCCCGCAGCGCUGCCACCGCUUCCAGUCCUGCGCCUACCGCAGCAACCAGUGGCGCUACCGGGGCCGCUGUGACAGCAUCCAGUUCGCUGUCGAUAAGAGAGUGUUUAUUGCUGGCUUUGGGCUCUACGGCUCCAGCUGUGGGUCAGCAGAGUACAGUGCUAAGAUUGAACUGAAGCGACAAGGAGUUAUCCUGGGCCAGAACUUGAGUAAAUACUUCUCAGAUGGUUCUAGUAACACUUUUCCUGUCUGGUUUGAGUAUCCAGUGCAGAUUGAGCCUGACACCUUUUACACAGCAAGCGUGAUUCUGGAUGGUAAUGAACUCAGCUAUUUUGGACAAGAAGGAAUGACAGAAGUUCAGUGUGGCAAGGUGACUGUUCAGUUUCAGUGCUCCUCGGACAGUACAAAUGGAACAGGGGUACAGGGAGGACAAAUUCCCGAACUCAUAUUUUAUGCUUGAAUGGGAGUGUGUGGAUACAAAGCAUUUUGCUAUGAAGAGCCUGUCUGGUUCAGGUCUACUGAUUCUUAGCUUUUAUCUGCAGAUAUGUGAUCAGUACAGGGAAUAUGUAACUAAAUGCUGUGGGCAAGUUCCUGGUUUGCAAUACUUGUAGCAUCAUUGGUGAUUAAGUGUAAUAUUUAAAUUGGAAGCUCUUAGAAACAAGUAAGUUUUAAAGGCUUUGUAAGAGGGGUGCCUGUUUGCUCGUGAUGCUGACCCUUUCUUUGAUGCACUGGUGAAUCACCAGAGGAUGUCCCCCUCUUGUAUCUCACUAAACACUGUCUUCAUUAAUCUAUUUUUUCUUUCUCCAUUUUCUGCUUUCUGCUUGUAUUGGGGAGGUAGGGAUAGAAAAUGAAGAGUCUUUUUUUGUAGCUCUCUCUGCUGUCUGCUCUGCAGACUUUAGAGAUUCCAGUAAAGCAAGCUGCUUUUGACAUGGGGGCUGGAAGAAGUCCUUCAGUUAUAAGCAGAAAAAGCACAAGUUUAAACCUUCAUCCUGUGAGAUUCUCCUGUAGCCAACUGUUUGGGAUGGCUCCAGGGGAAGAUGGGAAGAAGGAAGCUUCUUUCAGGAAGCUCCACGGCAUACCAGCCUUAUCCCCAGUGCAUGUUCAUGUUCACACUGAGGAAGGGAUGUGGGCUUGGCAACUUACCCUUGGAGUUCAUUUGCUAGGAAUCCCCCCUUGAAGGUAAGGAAGUACUUGCAUGUGUUCAAAUUGUGUAUGCAGCUCUUGAAACUCUACUCCCAUGACCCAAGUGUUGCUACAUUGCAGCUGAUCUACUCUUUAAACAGCAUUUCUUUGAACCUUUGCUAAAUAAAUGGGAAUUUUUAUCAAUCAUCUGAUGCAGGGUAAUUUUCUGUUUUGUUUUGCUUGGGUUUUUUCUUCUUCCUAAACAUGGUAGAGGCAGAUUUUAGAGAAACAAAAGAAUGUAUCAAUCUUGACUUGGAUUUUCUUCUGUAAUAGAAGAUUUUUUUUUCUUUUUAUUACCAGUUGAAAUUUAGACAAAGACAGAAGAUCCCCAGCUGUGGUCAUAUUACACUUAGUGUAUAAUAUCCGAUAGCAGUGAGGGGGAGGAAGUCUCUGCUAUUGGAUUAUUGUUGGAGCUCUUGCAAUUGCUUAUGGCUACACAUCAAUCAGAGGAUUAUGUGGUCUGGAACCUUUUCCUUGCCUGAGUUUUUCCCCCCCAGGAAGUUAUGUGUCCGUAUCAUUUUUGAUGAUGUAACAGGAAGUUACAUGUCUGAUUCAUUUUUGCAAAAGUAUGAGGGAUUCUCCUUGUAUGAGGGCAGGAAACCAGUAUAAAUAAGAACUAUAGGUAUUAUUGAAACAUGAGAGAAUCCUUCAUCACUGCAAUGGGACAGUUGUUCCUGAAAUGGAUUCUGUUUGUUGUGUACCUUUUUACAAAAUGAGAGGACCAAAUGAUUCUUUAGACCUGCUGAAGAUUAAUGUUAUGGUAUAUGAACACAUUCAUAUACCAUAACCCUAAAUUUACUUGUCAGUUCUGUAAUAAAAAUGUUUUUCUUAUAUUAUUUUACCAGUUUAAUACUGUUACUCUAAGUGUUGCUUGAUGGUUGGAAUCCUGGCCCUCGGCCAUCAUGAAGUGCCAAAAUACAUCUUUGUAGUGUCCAAAAUACCAUCUGCAGUAAGGAAAAGUGGAGUGUAGAGUCAAAGCCCAGAUCUUCUCUCUAGGUAAUAAAAAGAGAGUCAGGUAAAAAAGUACUCCAGAGGAUUUAUGCCUUUCAUCCAUCAUAGCAUUUUAUAUUUUGUAUACAUACAUACAUGUGUGUGUAAGCAGCUCUCUUUCUGAAAUGUAAAUACCCUCAAAAUACAUAGAAAAAUGUUUUUGUUUUUUGUGACAGAUGUACAUAAUCCAGACUGUUUGUGAAAUCUAAACAGAAUGCUCUGUGGAAAACUCCCAGGGACAGAUUUAUAACAAUCUCCAGUUACUUAUAUCUACAACUGAAAAUAGACAAGAAUGUAAAUGGUGUGGAGUGGAGAAAGGGUUGCUGAAGAGAUCGUAGAAAGGAAUCUGAGAUUGUGAUGAGGUAAUGGUCAUCUAGUUUUAGACAACAUCUGAGCAGCAGUUCCAUUUAUUUACAUACAUUUCAAAGCAGAGAAAGAUGCUAAUCAGCUGAUUAAAUUUUUGUACAGCAAGUGGCUGAUGCAGAUGUAAUUACUCAGAGUGAUAAGCAGAUUGACAGGUUGUGGUAGCAAGCUGCAUUCCAAUUUGUUUGGUAAAAAAAAGGUGCUACAGCUGGUGGGACAAGUCAGAGAGUGUUGCAUUGGUUUGCCUAGUCUCGGGUUCUCACUUUGAAUUUAUUAUUCAUUUUGACGUAUCUGCAAAUAAAGGUGACAUAUCUGCUACAUUCACUGGCUGGAAGAGAAGUUCAGAGAUCAGAAUACUCUGUAGCUGUAAUAUGUAGAAAAUGAGCUGUUAUUUAAUUAUUCUAAUUUCAUUCUUUUAUGAAGUCUUUUUGACGAGGUAGGAUUAAAGCAACCUCUAGCUCAAUUCCUCUGAAUCCAUUCUGGGUUUUGGGAGCUGAUGCAGGGAAGGGUUUCAAGUGUGGGUGAUCAAACAAAGGCACCCAAAACACCUUUGAAUGCUCGAGGCAUAACUUGCUUCUGAGCACUUUGUGAUGCUAACAAGUACUGGGAUGUAAGAAGGUGGCCAGUGCCACUCACCUUGGGACAUCAGGGCACUUCAUUAGGUGUCUGAAUGUGGAUUUGGUUGGUUUAGCAAGCUUGAAUACAUUGAUUUACAUCAUGCAAGCAUCAGCCGUAUCAGCCUGGAAUGUAAACAUAAAUCACCUCGCAGAUUCUGUCUGAACUGUUCCUGGCUGUCUUUGCUACUUGUAUCUUUGAUUUGCUGGUGAGAGGAAUCUGAUAAGAGAGUAUAAUGUAAUAUACUUUCUGCAUAUCUAAAAUAGUCUUUUAAGUAAACCCUUUAAUUUCUACACACUUAUUGCACUGAACUAUUUUGGGUUUUGGUUUUUUUUUUUGUGUUGUGAUAAACUUGGCUCACUUCAGGUCCCAGCACCCAUUUGUGCUGAAGCAGUGUUUGACCUUAGCAGGCUUACAGCAUUAUUUAUAAAGGAACAGAUAUAUAUAAAUAUAUUAAGUACCUCAUGUUGAAUGUUAUUGUACUGUAUCUUUAAUGUCACAGUGCAGAUCUUGUUGGACUCAUGAAUGUGUAUAAUCAUGUUAAACAUAAAAAUAAAAAUUAUUCUUAAA